UUAUGAGUACUGAUGUAAUCUUAUGAAAUUAUCUAGCCCUGAGUGCUACUGAAAUGAAUACAAGAGAUACAACUUCAUCGAUGCUCCUACUCACCAGUCUCUCCAAUGUCAAGUCCGAGUCUACUACAGAAGAACCUACCAAGCCAACAAGUGAAAUGUCAACUGCUACCAGUUUUGAAACCACUUCAUCCAUGGCCAAUUUAUUUACAGAACUAACCACAACAGAUCUCUCUACCACCCCCACACCCCCUGCCACAACCACCAUGGUACCCUUGACUACAACCACUUUCUCAACAACUUUGUCUUUAACCACAACCGAAUCACCAACUACAACUUCUUUAAGCACUAUGCCAACCACUACCCCUUCUACAACUACACCAACCACUACCCCUUCUACAACUACACAAACCACUUCCCCUUCUACCACUACACCAACCACUACCACUACACCAACCACUACCCCCUCUAUCACUACAUCAACCACUAACCCUUCUACCACUACACCAACCACUACCACUACACCAACCACUACCCCUUCUACCACUACAUCAACCACUACCCCUUCUACCACUACAUCAACCACUACCCCUUCUACCACUACACCAACCACUACCCCUUCUACCACUACAUCAACCACUACCCCCUCUAUCACUACACCAACCACUACCCCCUCUAUCACUACACCAACCACUACCCCCUCUAUCACUACACCAACCACUACCCCCUCUAUCACUACACCAACCACUCAUAUAGCAGGAAUAAUUGGAAGUACUUCGGCAAGCCUUGCUGUUUCAGCAGCUUUGAUCGUCACUGUCUUUAUACUCUACUGGUGGCACAACAAAAAAGGUCAGAAGCCAGUUGCAAAACCACCCAAGAAUGAAAACCUACUUAACUCAACAUCCAAAACUUUUGAUGAUAUAGCAUAUGAGGACACAAGCAUAUCAAGAGAAAAACCCUUGUAUGAAAAUGGAAAAAAGAGGGUGGAAACCUUAAAAGGACCUGGCAUGAAUAUCAUUGCUAUCUUGGGCAAAGAAGAAGAAAAUGCACAAUCUUCUGUGUAUGAAAUUACAGAAAAACUGACUCCUAAUCACUCCUCAACAGAGACCACUCCCUGUGAUGUCACAGUAUCUAUCAAUGAAAAUGACACACAAGAUGAUCAACGUAAGAUGAAUACUGAGCCUAAAAAAUAUGCACCACUCAAGCCACCAGUGAAAAAUAAACCCCAGAAACCUAAGAAUCCACAAAUACUUCCACUAUGGAAAAAUGAACCACUUCAGCCAAAUGAAAUACAGCAGUUGCAGUCCACUGAGAAAAACAUAGACCAUAAGGACGGAAUGAUACAGCCAAAUAUUGAAAAGAAACCACAUAAGUAUCCAGGAUUGAAACCACCACAGAAAAACCCAAACCAGAAAAAUAUGCAAAGCAAGCAAAUUGAUGAAACAAAUCCCAAGAUGGUAGACCAGCCUCCAUGUGAAAACAAAGCUGAGCUUCAAAGGCCUCAAAAAACACCAAUCCAAGAACAAUCGCCGAAACACAAUACCCAGAGCUCUGUUUAUGAGAUCUUACAGCCUUCUCAGAAAAAACCCACAAAAGUUUAUGAAAACAUCCCACUGAAAGAUCAGUCAGAAAACUCAAAAAAGAUAUACGAAAAUGUCAAGCAGCGUGAAAUAAACUCUGGUGAUUACACCCAUCUUUUGACCAACAAUGAGAAACCUACAGACGAUUCAACUUACACAACCCUCAAAAUUAAAACAAAGCCACAAGUCAAAAAGAAACCUGACUGGACAAACAGGAUGUCUACAACAAGGUCAAAAAUCAUACAUACAACAACCACCAGAAAUACCACACCAGCAACUGAUCUAAAUUCUGAUCAUGCCCGCUACAUUGAGGGAGGAUUAAUAGGAAGUCUUGCUCUAAUAGCAUUACUUGUAGGACUGCUGCUUGGAUACAGAAAAUGGUCACAUUCAAAGAAAGUAACACUACAGAGAACUAAUGAAGGAAAUGACGUUAACAAUUACAACAGAACCAAGAGCAAUGUAAAACAACUGGGAAGGAAUGGACUGAAUAACCCGAACUAUGAAGUUGUUCAACAUUCUUACUUCAAAUCAGAGCUCGAGGAUGUGCCAAAACACUCUUAUACCAAAGAGACAGCAAAAUAUGGUGGUAUGGACAACCCAACUUAUGGAUGCACCUUAGCCCUGAGUACUACUGAAAUGAAUACAAGAGAUGCAACUUCAUCGAUGCUCCCACUCACCAGUCUCUCCAAUGACAAGUCUGGGUCUACUACAGAAGAACCUACCAAGCCAACAAGUGAAAUGUCAACUGUCACCAGUUUUGAAACAACGUCAUCCAUGGCCAGUUUAUCUCAUACAGAACUAACCACAACAGAUCUCUCUACCACCCCAUCACCCCCUGCCACAACCACCAUGAUACCCUUGACUACAACCACUUUCUCAACAACUUUGUCGUUAACCACAACCGAAUCACCAACUACAACUUCUUUAAGCACUAUGCCAGACACUACCCUCUCCAUCACUAUAUCAACCAAUACCCCUUCUACCUCUACAACAACCACUACCCCCUCUAUCACUACACCAACCACUACCUCCUCUACUACUACACCAACCACUACCACUUCUACCACUACAUCAACCACUACCACUUCUACCACUACAUCAACCACUACCCCUUCUACAACAUCAAAACAAGUCAUAAGUUCCUCAGCCACUAAAACCACCAGUCAUUCCAGCACAACAACAACGAAACCAGACAAUCCUAUAGCAGGAAUAAUUGGAAGUACUUCGACAAGCCUUGCUGUUUCAGCAGCUUUGAUCGUCACUGUCUUUAUACUCUACUGGUGGCACAACAAAAAAGGUCAGAAGCCAGUUGCAAAACCACCCAAGAAUGAAAACCUACUUACCUCAACAUCCAAAACUUUUGAUGAUAUAGCAUAUGAGGACACAAGCAUAUCAAGAGAAAAACCCUUGUAUGAAAAUGGAAAAAAGAGGGUGGAAACCUUAAAAGGACCUGGCAUGAAUAUCAUUGCUAUCUUGGGCAAAGAAGAAGAAAAUGCACAAUCUUCUGUGUAUGAAAUUACAGAAAAACCGACUCCUAAUCACUCCUCAACAGAGACCACUCCCUGUGAUGUCACAAUAUCUAUCAAUGAAAAUGACACACAAGAUGAUCAACGUAAGAUGAAUACUGAGCCUAAAAAAUAUGCACCACUCAAGCCACCAGUGAAAAAUAAACCCCAGAAACCUAAGAAUCCACAAAUACUUCCACUAUGGAAAAAUGAACCACUUCAGCCAAAUGAAAUACAGCAGUUGCAGUCCACUGAGAAAAACAUAGACCAUAAGGACGGAAUGAUACAGCCAAAUGUUGAAAAGAAACCACAUAAGUAUCCAGGAUUGAAACCACCACAGAAAAACCCAAACCAGAAAAAUAUGCAAAGCAAGCAAAUUGAUGAAACAAAUCCCAAGAUGGUAGACCAGCCUCCAUGUGAAAACAAAGCUGAGCUUCAAAGGCCUCAAAAAACACCAAUCCAAGAACAAUCGCCGAAACACAAUACCCAGAGCUCUGUUUAUGAGAUCUUACAGCCUUCUCAGAAAAAACCCACAAAAGUUUAUGAAAACAUCCCACUGAAAGAUCAGUCAGAAAACUCAAAGAAGAUAUACGAAAAUGUCAAGCAGCGUGAAACAAACUCUGGUGAUUACACCCAUCUUUUGUAUAAAACAGAAACAAAUUCACCAGCUGCUGCCCAAAAAAGUCCCAACAAUGAGAAACCUACAGAAGAUUCAACUUACACAACCCUCAAAAUUAAAACAAAGCCACAAGUCAAAAAGAAACCUGGUAAAAGAACUUAG